CAACUGCAAAAUAAGAUGCCUGAAGCUGAUUGGUUGAGCUAUAGCUGGAGAGCUGUUAAGCCUGGGAGUUUUUGAUACUGUUGCAAUUUUGUUCAGGCUUUAGCUUAGCAGGUGCAGAGACAGUUGGAAGAGUGAGGCAGAGAGAGAGAAACAGUUUGAAGUGGGCUCUUGCUUCAUGAGCUACUGGAAGGAAUUUAUCCACAUGUACAAAGGAAAGAUUAUUUUAAAUAAAAGGACAUUAUGUCCAUCCCCCUUGAACCCUGAGAUUGAAGCAGGAGCCCCUCUUUUCCUAGAAAUGGAGCAGCCUGCCCCUCCUCCACGUAAAACCUCGCGCCAAUACUUGAAGCGCAUCAUUGCUGAAUAUGAGGCCCUGGACAUGGAGAUGCCCUGCAUCCGCAAGUUCCCCAGACCCCCAGCUGCCCGUCCUCUUUGCCUCUGUCUGGAAAGUCCGCCUGAAAAGGAGAUGAACCAUGCGGAAGUUCUGGCAGCUGUAGAGGCAGUCAUUCCUAAUGCCUUUGAAACAGGCCUUCUGUGCAACAUUCAGUUUGAGAACAUUAAUGUGAUCUGCGGGACUGCUGGACGGAAGAACAGGUGGCUGCUCACAGUGGCAGAUUUCCGGACCCGGAACCAGCUCUUGUGUUCAGGACUGACUUUGGGCGAGGACCACUUUGUCUUGCGACGUUGGGAUGAUCUGGUGAUGGAGGACUAUCGCAUGCACCUCCGAAGGUCACUGGCACGCCAGCGGCUCCUAGACACUCUCAGUGAUUCAUGGGAUGGAAAUCGCUUGGCUGGGAUAUGAGGUCCAAGAGACUAGACGAAUCCCCAGUAAAGAAAAACAUGUUGUCUGGA